CUCAAGCACAUAAAUUGUGUCAUCGCGGCUUGGGGAUGGGGCAUCACAUUCGGGCACUUUUUCCGCAUAGGAGGAGCCUCAUUCUAUCUCGUGCAGAAAGUUGACCCCGAGAUAGUGCGCCUAGCCGGGCGUUGGAAGUCGCUGGCCUACAAAACCUACACACGC